AAGAGGUCAUGCGUUCAUAUGUAGGGUGAGAGAACUCCCACAUAACAUAGUCACAUACCUUAUACGUUACAUCUCAAAAUAAAAGCUCUUCCCGGACGAGUACUACAUAUUCUUUUGGUCUGUGCAAACUUGCUGCCAGAGACUUCACAUGAGCAACAAGAGGCCCACGGAGGGGCAGAAGUAGAGUGUACGAGGAGCAGCGGCAGAUUGUGUGCAUCCCUGUGACUCUUGAAGAGGUCACCAUGGAUGCAAGCUUGCCUUCUGUUUGGAGUUCCCAUGAGUAAGUGUUCAUGGGGUUGCCUUGACAUGGCCACCGGACCGGCGACGGAGGAGGUGCGAUCUGCUGGCGGCUGGUCGAGCGGCUACAAGGGGUUCCCUUUGUCGUAGAACGCGCGAGUAGCCGCUGUUGCAGUGUUGUUUCGUGAGCUUCGACGGAGAGUGGAGUUUGGUGCUCAAGUGUUCGACCGAUUGACCCCUAACUAGCAAACUACGAAUCCCAAAACCUGUUAGAAUUAUGCUGGCAUUAGCCGUGUGAUGCCAACCGAUCAUGGAGGACCUCAAGCACAAGCUUCUGCUUGCCACCAUGGAACUGGAAACGCUACGGGCCAAUGCCAAGGAAGAGAUGAGAAAGAGAGAGGAAGAUAUCGGUCACUUGAUCCACCUCCUUCAGGUGAUCACCAGAGAAAGAGAUGCAGCAAGGAAUCAGCUGCAGCUUCUGCUCGACAGCAUCACGCGGCCUCACACCGCGGAGCUCUCUCCGAUGCUAUCCGGCACUCUCCAAGAGGCAGCAACGGCAUCCGAUAGCCUCUCAGGAACUCCCACCCAUCGUUCCUAUGGCGCGUCCCCUGUUGCUUCUCCAGAACUGUCGAGCAUGAAGAUGGCCGAUCCCUGCAACAUGCCGAAGAACAAUGGGGCAGCACUGAGAGCGAAGGAAGCUUCUGCGGUAAUCGACGGCCUUGUCAUAAAGAAACCACUGCCGGAGAAAGGGAAGCUGUUGCAGGCCGUUCUGGAAGCAGGUCCUACGCUGCAGACGCUUCUCUUGGCAGGGCCACUCCCUCGGUGGCGCAACCCUCCGCCACCCCAGCCAUUUCAAGUACCCCCGGUGGGUGUCAGUGCCCACAAAGCUUCGUCACCCAACCCGAGAAUCGCACCUGCCGUCGGCUUGUGCACGAUCAAGAGACCACUGACCUCGCCAUGCAUGAGCAACUACGGCAACCUGGUGCUGAAGAGACAGAAGACUCGGUUCACCGGGGGGUACUGCACGAUGUGAAGGAGACGGUCUUCUUCCGAUUAGGAAUUCUGUAUCUUGACAUGUUCAUAAUGCAUGUAAAUAGCACGAGUUAUUACAGGUGAAUCGAGUCGUGCUGUAAAGCUGCCCUGUUCUUUCAUGGAUCUCAGACAGCGGUUUGAGGGAGGAAAAGCUGCUGCGUGUGAUUGCCACCACCACCACCACCACCUUCACGAUUAAGGGCUGGAUCGGAAGUGUCCUUUAAAGCAGCUUCUCGGCCUCAUUCUUGUUCUUUUCUGCCUGCUUUCCCUUUUGCUUCAACACGCCUUUAGGCUCUUUUAGCUCCA